CACCGUUUCUGCAAAGAACAAGCCCUCAAAUCAACAAAAAAAACCUCUAAAAUGGCAUUCAAGUUCGUCUUUGCCCUCGCCUUCGUCGCCGUGGCCAGCGCCGGUUACGCCCCCAUCGCCGCCCCCCAGGUGUACCAUGCUGCCCCCGCGGUGGCCACCUACGCCCAUGCCCCCGUGGCCGUGGCCCAGAAGGUCGUGGUCAAGGCCGCCGAGGAGUACGACCCCCACCCCCAGUACCGCUUCUCCUACGGAGUGGACGACAAGCUGACCGGCGACAACAAGGGACAGGUGGAGGAGCGCGAUGGCGAUGUGGUGCGCGGAGAGUACUCCCUGAUCGACGCUGAUGGCUACAAGAGGACCGUCCAGUACACCGCCGACCCCAUCAACGGAUUCAACGCCGUGGUGAACCGUGAGCCCCUGGUCAAGGCCGUCGCCGUGGCUCCCGUUGUGAAGACCGUGGCCGCUCCCGUCGCCCACUACGCUGCCCCCGCUGCCUACGCCUCCUACGCCGCCCCCUCUGUGGCCCACUACGCCGCCCCUGCCGUUGUGAAGACCGUGGCCCCAGUGGCUCACUAUGCUGCCCCUGCUGUCGUCAAGACCGUGGCUCCAGUUGCUCACUAUGCUGCUCCCGCUGUGGUCAAGACCGUGGCUCCAGUGGCUCACUAUGCCGCCCCCGCUACCUACACCUCCUACGCCGCCCCCGCUGUUGCCUACCACCACUAAAGAACUGCCAUUCCACAUUCCCCAACCUUUUAUUGUUAUAGU